CAAAACGUCAGAUUUCAAAUUGUUGCUGUUACAGAUUGGAGAACCCACAGUAAAACCGAAUUAUAAUAAAUUACAACGUUAAAUAAACAGCAAUAAAAUAUGCAAUCACAAUGUAUAAAACAUAAAAAAUAUAUUUUAUAAUAUCUAUCUUUGAAAGUGUAGCUUAAUUUUAGUUUUAUGUUGUGUUUUCAAUAAAAAUAUCAAUAUGGAAAGACCACCAGUACGUUACGAGAAGAUCGACUUCUUAGGAGAGGGUCAGUUUGCAACUGUAUACAAAGCAAAAGAUGUAAAAACGGAUAAAAUAGUUGCGGUAAAAAAAAUAAAGAUAGGGUCCAGAAUGGAAGCUGAAGAUGGAAUCAACAGAACAGCACUAAGAGAAAUUAAACUGCUUCAAGAAUUAGAACAUAUUAACCUCAUAGGACUGCUUGAUGUAUUUGGACAAAAAUCUAAUGUUUCAUUAGUGUUUGACUUUAUGGACACUGACCUAGAGAUAAUUGUUAAGGAUAAUAAUAUUGUACUUACUCCAGCAAAUGUGAAAGCAUACAUGAUAAUGACUCUGAAGGGUUUGGAAUAUUUGCAUCAAAACUGGAUAUUACACAGAGAUUUAAAACCCAACAACUUACUUAUAAAUAGAGAGGGCAUCCUCAAAAUUGGUGAUUUUGGUCUAGCAAAGGCUUUUGGAUCACCAACCAGGAUAAACACUCAUCAAGUGGUGACUAGGUGGUACCGAUCACCAGAAUUGCUAUUUGGGGCACGUCAGUAUGGCACAGGAGUGGAUAUGUGGGCAGUUGGCUGCAUUUUGGCUGAGCUACUUCUAAGAGUGCCCUUCCUACCUGGUGAAUCAGAUCUUGAUCAGCUGUCACGGAUAUUUCAAGUGUUUGGCACACCCACAGAGGAGAUAUGGCCUGGUAUGAAAACUCUAACAGAUUAUGUGAAGUUCAAACAGUUCCCUGCACAAUCCCUGAGACAUAUCUUCAGUGCUGCGUCUGAUGAUUUGAUUGAUUUAUUAGAAAAUUUGCUUUCUCUUUACCCACCUCGGCGUUGUGACUGUACUCAAGCAUUACAGAUGCCAUACUUCAGCAACAAACCAGCUCCUACAGUGGGAUCAAAACUACCGAUGCCUUCAAAUAUAUCCAAAAUAGAAGUAGAAAAACCAUCUCUGAAGAGAAAGUUGCUGGACAACAUUGAUGGUGGUUCUUUAGCAAAGAGACUUCAAUUUUAAAUUUAAUUACUGUUGGUACAUAGAUUUAUUUUAAAUUUUAAUAUACUGUAAAUAAGAGGCAGUAUUUGGCUGAAGCAAUGAAAAUUUAUAUAUGCAUAAUAAAUUUUAGGCCUAUGAGUAUUUGUUGUUCCAUCUAAACUACAAAAGUACAUAAUAGAAAAGAAAACAAGUGUCUUAUCUUUCACUGCCACAAUUCAAAAUAAUUCAGGAAAAACAAUUAUAAACAAACAUAACUUUGAAAUGUAUAAAUGUUUGACUUAACAUACUCUCACGGAAGCAGGUAUUUAAUGGCAGUAAAUGACUGGCUAUUAUGGCA